AAAAAGAAACGAGGAAAAUGAAAUUGAUUCGUCAUUAUCGCAUCAACGAUUUGUUAAAGGAAGUGAAGAAUCCGGUACACGGAGACAGAAAUAAGGCAGAUGACGUGUCGUGGCCGUUCUACAAUGCGAUCGACGAGAUUCUUGGAUACGAUCAGGGAUCUACGCCGACCAACGACGUAUACAUCGAUCCACGCGAGUUCCUCUGCGUCUCGGUGACACCGGAGGAGCUCACCUCGUUCGUGGACGCGCGAUCUGCUCCGGAAAUCGACCGUCGAGCCAACGAUUCGCUUCCGGAACAGCGGUUGAGGACCCUCGGUGCUAAUUGCUCGAUCGAGAUCAAGAAAGUACGGCCGGCUAAUGCUAGCAGAUACAACAGUCAUUGCGAAAAGCAGACGGGCAAAAAUUCGGUGAAGAAGAAACGAGUUACGCGGAACGUCGCGAUCCCCCGGCUACCACGUGCCACGGAGUUAACAAUCGAGAAAGUAACAUCGACGGCGGAUUGUUCCAAAGAUUUAUUCAGAUUACGUGGAAGGAACGUCUCGUUCGAUCGAGGAGAAGACGAGGAGAGAUCGCAGCGUGACGGGGACGAGGUUAGGCCGAGAAAGUCGUGGAAAAGCCGUGCGGCGGCAUUGUACUCGGACGAUCGUGGAUCACGAACCGAUCGUCGCAUCGAGCAGAUUUUUGAAUACAUCAAAAAACGAGACGAAGAGAACAGAUCGAUCAUGGUGCGGGUGAUGCACGCCGUGGAGAACAUCGCCAAUAAAUUGUGACCAUUGCUGUGGAUAUAAAGAAAAAGAGAAGCAGUGUCAAAUCACACUUUUUAAAAAUUCGUGAGAUUGUAUCAGUGAUACUUUUAUUUAUCUUCUUCGUUAAAAAUAGGAACGUGAGAAUGCUGAACGCAUAUAUAUUUCGUGAAAUAUCGUAGAAUUAUCACGAGCGUGAUAUCUGUAUUUAUUGUAGAUUAAACUGAAUGGAAACUUGAAUUUUAUAUCAAUCAUGAAACGAAGAUCGAGUUUAAUACAUACAUAUGAAGACAAUUUAUUUUGAACUGAAAGUUGGAAAUUUAGAAACAAAUCCGAUAGAGUUAAAGGGGCUUCGAACUGAAAUUAUUCAAUCAUACACGUAAAAAAUAUUGCAAUCGUAACGAUAAUUUAACUCAUUAAAGCUAAACUUACAUUCAAACAGACAUAAAAAAAAAAA